AUGUCUUCAUCUGCCCACUUCAGGGGUCAAGAGUUAAUUUUCAUAUUUUACAUGCAGACUCAAAAGAGGCGUAACUGUGGGCGCAGCAAGCAUGGCCGUGGACAUGUCAAGUUUGUGCGUUGUACAAACUGUGCGCGAUGUGUACCUAAGGACAAAGCUAUUAAGAAGUUUGUGAUCAGGAACAUUGUGGAGGCAGCUGCUGUCAGGGAUAUAGCUGAUGCUAGUGUUUAUGAAGGUAAUAUAACAUUGAUGUUUUAAUACUUGUAGUGGGGCUCUUUCUUGGCUGCAGUAAUAGUGUUGGAAAAAGAAGCAACAAACAAAAGCAAAAGAGGUUUCAACAAAACUGCAGAAAGUAAAUUUUCUGUGUUUGUGGAAAUAGUUAUCAUUUUUUAACUCCUCUCUCCUAGCUGGGCCAUCAUGGAAGCACUACAGAACUUAUUUGUGAAGAUCUUGUGUUAUUAUUAGUGAGCUUAUUUCAGAUUAAUUUGCAGUAUAUUCCACAGAACACAACUGGAUUUUCAAAAUAACCACCGUGUGAAAAUCUCUUUAUUACAUAAACUAACAAAAGGUGGGGUUGGUUGCUCUUGGGAUAGGACUUUUCUCAGAAUUCUGGUCCAAAACACUACAUCUGCAUACAAAUUCUCCUGUCUGAUCUCCAUGCAAUGAUUAAGAAACAGUGCAGAGAAUUUGGUCAAACAUCAAAGUAUUUUCCUUUAGUGAUAUUGUCUUAAUUAAUUUUUACAACCAUUUCUCUUGAUGUUGUGUGGAUGUUGUUUGGAGAAUAUUGGUAUUGGUCACUCAUGGGACUAAAACGGUAAUUAUUUGUUAGUAGAUCAGAAUGGCAUAUGAUAAUAUUAUUGUAGAGAACUUUGUUUGCUGUCAGGCAUCACUGGACAAUAAUACCGUUAUAAUGUGCAUUUUUGUAUUUAAUACGUUUCAUUUAUUUCUAGUGUAUCCUCUUCCCAAACUGUAUGUGAAACUUCACUACUGUGUGAGCUGUGCAAUUCACUCCAAGGUUGUGAGGAAUCGCUCUAAGGAAAACAGAAAAAUCAGGGUCCCACCUCCAAGGUUCCCACGCAGGGUAAGUCAGAAAAAAGUUCUUGUUUACAACUACUGUGGGUUAUGCCAAGGCUAUCCUACCCAACACAUUUUAAUCUUUUCUGAUGAGUUGUGUUUUCAAGGCAGCUACGGUUAGUUACUCUAGUAGCGUAAUGUUUAUCCUCAAAGGUUGAGCACAUUUAGCACUUUUAAAUGCAGCUCCGUCAUCUACGUGUGUAUUUCUGACAUCUGUGUUGUUUGUUCACAAAUCAAAAUGUGAACUCAGUACACCAAGUGCAGAAAAAGGGUAAAUUCCCAAUACAUACAUGUGUAACAGAACAAUUUGAAUCCCACACAUGUGGCAGACCCAACUGAAAAUUACAUCAAUCACUGUAGUUUGCCACUGCUUUGUCACUGCGAAAAACUGUUGUGGAACAAGAGAAUUAUUGGUUUCAUUCAGGGUGUGACAGUAUUGUUGUCUAAUAGCAAAGUGUGUUAUCAUUCCUUUUGAAAACCAUUCCAGUUUUCACUAGUAUGUGAGAAAACUGCUGUUUGUCUAUAGUACUUUACUGGAGCCGAAAGUCCAAUAAUAUGUGUAGUAGACCCAUUAAUCUUGACCUUUAAAGUGAACUCCAAUCACUUUUAUUUGGCUGAAAGCCUAUCAGAAAUGCAAGAGAACAUUUUGUGGGGAUCCCAGUGGCAUUUCCUGGUCUGGUUACAUUGCUGCACUUUUCACCAAAAAGUUGCAACAAACUGCUUAAGUAGACAGAAUGGGCUAGAGAACAAUAACGUAACAUCAUGUCAUUAGACAGGCUGAGUUUCCUCCUGUCAUCUCACCCUGCCUUUGUUUCUCUCAUUCUGUUUUAAUCGCCAGCCUGACAACCCUCAGGGUCAGCGUCCAGGAGGAGUCGGUGGACCACGCCAAGCCGCUGCUGUAUAA